CGCGGGCAGACUCAGCUGAGUGUUCGUUGUGAGUUGUUGUUACCACAACUAUGGCACGUACCAAGCAAACGGCUCGCAAGUCCACUGGUGGCAAGGCGCCCCGCAAGCAGCUUGCUACAAAGGCAGCUCGCAAGUCUGCUCCAGCCACUGGAGGAGUCAAGAAACCCCACCGUUACAGGCCUGGAACCGUUGCUCUCCGUGAGAUCCGCCGUUAUCAGAAGAGCACUGAGCUGCUUAUCAGGAAACUGCCUUUCCAGCGCCUGGUGCGUGAAAUUGCUCAGGAUUUCAAGAUUGACCUCCGCUUCCAGUCCUCUGCUGUCAUGGCUCUCCAGGAAGCUUCCGAGGCUUACCUCGUGGGUCUGUUUGAAGAUACCAACCUGUGCGCCAUCCAUGCCAAGCGCGUGACUAUCAUGCCAAAGGACCGACUAAGGACGAGGUGCAACCCUCCACCCAUCUCCAUCAACUGGAGGUCUGCAAGCCCUGCCAGUGGCGUAGUCCCCUCGGCUGUGGUGGAGCUGGCAACUGCCCUGUCACACCAGCCUACCGCCGACUCAGGGCCAGGAGUGGGUAGAGAGGAGCUCAGCCGACCCCGUAAGUUGGCAGAAAUUGUGAAGGCCAUCCACUACUCUCUUUUGUGUAGAACUCAAGCUGAAUGUCCUCACUUCUGA